AUGAAGGUUAUUACAGCGUUAGCUCUCUUGAUGGCAGCUAUUUCCUUAACCGCCGAUGCAGCUCCCGCCUCGAAAUCAUCCGUAGUCAAACUUGAUUUGAAAAAAUAUGAUUUGCCCAAUUCUUUACUUGGCUCCAAAACAUAUAGUCAUGGUUUAGUUGGUCAAGAAGCCAUCGUAAAAUUAAAAGCAGCAUCCACUCCAGUAUUUGGGGCUUCCUCACCAAAAACUUUCAUUAUUAAUACUAAUAGCACUAGCGUUAACGAUGAUAGCAGUGACGGUUCUAUUGGCAAGGAUAGAAAAAAGAAACAUGGAAAAAAUAACAAUCCUGACAAUAGUCAACCUGAUAAUUCAAACAAUCCAGACAAUAGUCAACCUGACGAUUCAAAUAAUCCAGACAAUAGUCAACCCGGUGAUUCGAACAAUCCUGACGAUAGUCAACCUGAUGAUUCAAAUAAUCCAGACAAUAGUCAACCCGGUGAUUCAAACAAUCCUGACGAUAGUCAACCUGAUGAUUCAAACAAUCCUGACAAUAGUCAACCCGAUAAUUCCGGCAAUCAACCUGACAAUACAGGCAAAGGAACUGUCGAAGAUCCUCUCAAAGAUGAAGGAUUUGACAUUGGAUAUCAUGGCCCAGUUGAAAUAGGAGGACAAACUUUUGAUGUAAUUUUCGAUACUGGUUCAUCUGAUCUUUGGGUGCCAUCACAAACAUGUACUGAUGCAGCUUGCAAAGCUCACAAAUCGUAUGAUCCGAAAAAGAGUAAAGGAUUCAAGAGUGAUAAUAAACCAUUUGAAAUUAAAUAUGGUACUGGUGAAGUUUCUGGAAUUAUUGCAGUGGAUGAUGUCUCAAUCGCCGGUGCAGUAGCAAAAGGUCAAACCUUUGGACUUUCAACAAAAAUGUCAGAUGACUUUAAGACGGAUGAAGCUGAUGGAAUACUCGGAAUGGCUCUUGAUCAAUUAAGCACACAAAAUGCAAAAACACCUUUUACUCAGCUUGUUGCUCAAAAUGCAGUUAAAGAUUCAGUAUUUGGUUUCUUCCUUGGACGUCAAAAGGACGGUAGCAACAGUCAAUUAACUCUUGGUGGUGUUGACUCUUCAAAAUUUACCGGCCAACUCAAAUAUAAUAAACUUGUGAAUAAUGUUGGUUUCUGGGAAAUCGCUUUAGAUGAUGCUAGUGUUAAUGGUAAACCUCUUGGAUUCAGUGGAAAGACUGCCGUCAUUGACACUGGCACGACUCUUCUCAUCGCCCCUCCCGCCGAUGCUGAUGCUAUUCACAAAGCAAUUAAAGGUGCAGUUUCUCAGCAAGGUGAAUAUUUUGUCCCAUGCAAAACUGACGCUGUCGUUGCUCUUACUUUCGGUGGAGUUACCUAUAAAAUUUCACCAGAAGAUCUUGCACGUGAACCAACAGACCAAGGUGAUAUGUGUGUUUCUGGUAUUGCUGGUGGUAAUAUUGGUGGAGAUGAUCAAUGGUUAGUCGGUGACACAUUCCUUAAGAACGUGUACAGUGCCUACGAUAUUAAAAAGCUUGCCGUUGGAUUUGCACCAAUCAAAUAA